AGAAAAUUUAUUUAUACCCCGUCCUCCACAGCCAAGACUGGGCUCAGGGCAGCUAACAGCAGGUAUAAAAACAACUGAUUAAAGAGAAUUUUAGAAGAAGAAAUGAUUUAAGAAGUAGAGAGUGCUAUAUUAGUUAUAAAUGGAAACGUGGAAGGGGGGGGAAGGAGGAAGUCGACAGAGUAAGAAAAUACACUGGAAUAUUAUAUUGUUAAAGAAAUGUUCUUUUUUGUAUUUUUUAUGUUUUUUCUUUGUUUUUCUUUUCUUUUUUCUUUUAUCUACAUUUUUCAAUUUUCUGUAUUUGUUAUAAAAUCAAUAAAAAUAUAUUUUUUAAAAAAAACAACUGAUUAAAAUAGAACUUAAAAACAGGAUUAAAAUACAACUUAAAUGCAGCCAUAUUUCAGUGGAAGCCCAGAAUCAAAACUGUUUUUGGGGGGAGAAAACGACAAAUCUUCACUAAGGCCAACUAUCCAGACUGGUACUACGUGGGCCAGAAAAAAAGCCAGGCAAGUCCCCAGAUAGGGGUUCCAUCCAUCACAGAAGGAAGAGGAAAAAGGGGAAGGGGAUCCGGCUGAUUCCAAGCCAAAGGCCAGGCGGAACAAACAACUCUGUCUUACAGGCCCUGUGGAAAGAAAUCAGAUCCCGCAGGGCCCUGGUCUCAUGAGACAGAGCGUUCCACCAGGCCGGAGCCAGUGCCGAAAAGGCCCUGGUUGAGGCUAAUCAGACUUUCUUAGGGCCCAGGAUCUCUAGAGUGUUGCUAUUUGUGGACCUUAAGGUCCUCCGCAGGGCAUACCAGGAGAGGCUAGGCCGCCUCGGUCCAGUUGUCUAGGGAGAUCGUCUGUUAGGGCGACCAGAACUGUCUCUUUUCCCAUAACCAGGGCGAAAGCCAGACUGGAAUGGACCCAAAGCUGAUGUUUCCUCCAGAAACCUACCAAGCUGUUCAGCAACCGCUCUCUCAAUUACCUUACCCAGAAUCAGAUGUUAGCUCCUGCUGGGAAGAAGGAGAAGACCCGUUUACCCAGGAUCCGAAAGAAGAAGAGACAUCAGCAGAAAUCCCCAAACCGGACUUGAUGUCUUGGCUGAAAGAAGAAGACCCGAUUAGGUGGGGCUCGGAGGAAGUGACGAGAUGGGCAGAGACCCAGAAAGGCCAGAAUAUCGACUGCAAGGUUGUCGGGGAGGAAGGCACUGCCCAAGACGCUCUGCUGGCGAGACCGUCAACCUCUGCCAAACCGCUGCCGUGGCUCGGCUUUGAGUGCGCCUUUUGUUUUGUGUCGCAGAAGGGCAAAAACGUGACGGUGCAGUGCAAGUUCUGCUUGCCGAAAGUGAAAACGGUGAGCGCCGCCACCACCUCCACGUCCAACUUGAAACGGCAUCUGCAGAAGCAGCACCCAGAGCAGCUCCGAGUCCUCGAGGCUGCGAAACGGAAGAAUACAAAGAAGCACGACUUCUCCGAGGCGGAAGACGCGAGCGGCUUGAGACCUCCCAAGAUGCCGGCAACCCUGGAGAGGUGGGGGUCCAGCAGGGAGCCCGUCAGCCAGAAACUGCUGGACAAGAAGCUGCUGGAUUUCAUUGUGGAGGAGACGGUGCCCCUCCAGCUGGUGGACAAGCCGUCCUUCAUCGAGUUUGCUCGCCUCGGCCUCGGCAAGGAGCUGUCGAUCAUGUCUUCCAAGACUCUGAAAGAGAGGCUAGAAAAGAAGGCCUACCACAUGCGGGAGGAGGCAGCCAUGAAAAUGGCACAGGUGCAGCACGUGGCUACCACUGCGGACUGCUGGACGCAUGGAAGGAAGACCUACCUCGGGGUUACGGCCCACUGGAUCAACCCGGAGAGCCUAACUCGGGAGUGUUGCGCCCUGGCCUGCCGGCGCCUGAAAGGACCCCACGCCUACGACCUCGCCACCACUCUGCACAACAUCCACGUGGAGUACAAAAUCCACCACAAGGUGGUAUGCACCACCACGGACAACGGCUGUAACCUGGUCAAAGCCUUCCGAGCUCUCUACACAGACAGGGAGGCGGUGGAUGUCAUGGACCAAGCCGACGAAGGGGACAACGACCAGCAGGAAGUGGAGUUUGUGGAUGUCUGUAACCUUCUGGACACGGGUGAGUACAGAGCUGCUGAAGAAGAAAUGUGCUUGCCCCCACACCAAAGGUGCGCAAGCUACACGCUGAACUUGGUGGCCACGCAAGACAUCGAGAGAGUCCUCAACUCUAAGAAUUCUCCUCUGGGCGGUUUCAAGAAACACUUUUGCUCCUUGCUGGGGAAGUGUUCUAAGCUGUGGUCCAAACAAAGGCAGUCAGCGAUUACCGCAGAGUACAUCAAAGACCAGUGCGGUGUCUUGCUCAGGGUCCCCAAUAAGACCAGGUGGAGUACCACCUACGAUGCUCUGAAGCAGCUAAGGGAUCUACUGUCCGCCGCACCGCAGAAGAUGGAUUCCAUCCUGGACUUCUGCUCCUUGCAGAGGAUCACAGCUCCCGAGGCCCAGGUUGUCCAAGAAUAUUGCGAGAUCCUCGCUCCUGUGGCCCAGGCCCUCGAUAUCCUUCAAAAGGAAAACGGUAUGUUUAUGGGCUAUCUGCUCCCGACUCUCUAUGCUCUGGACCAUAAGUUGGAGGUGCUGGAGAAGAAGCCUGCAAAUUGCAGCUACUGCCGCCCUCUGGUGAAGAUUGUGCGGGAAGGGAUAAGGAGAAGGUUUGAGCCAAUUUGGAAGGAGAGGAAGCUGUUGGUGGCUGCAUGCUUGCACCCUCGGUUCAAAGUGGACUGGCUGGAUCUGUGCAACACUGAGAUCGGCAAAAGUACCAUGGAAGCGUUGCUGAGAGCCGAGAUUCAGAGGGUGGUCACAGAGCAGGUCAAGAGCUCUUCGGAGAGGGCAUGCACCGCUGACUGCGACGACGAGUUUUUCGGCAUACAGUCCCGAAGCAAGAAGUCUGCAUCGGACUCUGCCGAAGAGGAGGUCUCGAGGUACCUGAAGUUCCCCAACAGCGAGCUGUCUUCGCUCCACGCCUUCCCGCAGAUUUUGAAAAGCUUCCUUGCAUACAACACGGGCCUGCCUUCGAGCGCCGCUGCUGAGCGCCUCUUUGGCGCAGCUGGGAACGCAAUGACCGUGAAAAGACAUUCUCUGGCGGACGACAUGUUUGAGCACCUGGUGCUUCUGAAGCAGAACAAAGGCGUGGUUUGAGGAUCUCGCUCAUGCCUACGGAGAUGGCACCGGAUACCAGUUCAAUUUUCAUAUGCUGCCAAGGGGAGGGGGCUUCGCCAUUGUGCUGGAGGGGUGUGUGGUGAAAGACGAUUGGCGUUUCAUUUGGGUUGGGGUUGCCCCAGGGCUUCCCCCCACUCCCGCUGGGACUCACCAGAACUCAAUUCCAGCACCUCUCAGGUGGGCACCAUUGCCAUCACAGUUGUACCUUUCGAAGAGUCGAAGAGAAUUCGUUCUGGAAGUCUGUUCGACUUCCAAAAUGUUUGAAAACUAAAGCGCGGUUUCUGAUUGGCUGCAGGAAGCUCCUGUAAGGGAUUCCCUGUUUCCCACCCCUCACUGCGUUAACAACAGAGGCUCUCCCUGUGCUUCUCUACAAACAGGAGAAAAAACCUCCAGUGUCCAAAUUGGACUUGUCUCCAGAGUACCUCUGGCACUGCGUUCGAAACCUAUUGCCACCAGUGGGGUCUCCCUCCCUGGGAUCCCUACUGCUACAAUGUGCCUCUCCCUUAGGCAACUAUGUGCUCCUUUGGCUUCGCUAACCAGCCCUUUGUAUGAAAGGAGAAAAAGCAAACAGUUUCCUCUUCCACAGGAAAGCUUUGUUCUCCCCUCUUUGUCACACCUCUGAAGGUACUGAGACACUGCCGAGUCAGUGAACAUUUAAGCACAUUUAGCUUUAUUAUUUAACUUAUAAACAUGAAUUUAUCUGGUUCUUAAAAGCACAUAUCUUCUUUUCAUAUAACACAGACUUGUUAACACAGCUCCUGCAUCUCUCUCUAACACUCUACUCCCAACUGCCAACUCCUAACUGCCAAAUCCCAACUGCCAUUUAGAAUGCCCUCUAGCUCCGCCUCCCAGGGAACACCUGCCUAUAAUGGGAGUGAUAGAUUGACCCAUGAUGAACUGGAAGCAUCAUCAGGCACUAUUCCGCCACAGCUCCUGCAGCCAAUUGGAAGCCGCAUAAGCCCAGUCGGACAUUCAGCUUCCAAAAAUAGUUUGCAAACUGGAACACUCACUUUCCCACGUUUGCAGCGUUUGGGAGCCAAAAUGUUCAGGAGCUAAGCUGUUUGAAAACCAAGGUACGACUGUAUAAUGCAAUUCUAGCCCUGUUCUCAGUCAGAACAGGUAGCGAUCCCACAGUCCAGCACAAAGACCUGCUUGCAAUGUUCCCAGCUGUCAGCGAUGGCACCAAAAGCGGUCUCUGCCUACAAAGGUUGGGUAGUGCAGUAAAAAUUGGGGCACAGCUUUAUGUGAACAUUUGACCCAGCACAGAAGAGUUGUUGCAGGUAAAGCGAAACGGGAUGAAUUGUUUCUGUUCGUUAGUUUUGUUGAUAACAAUACCUGCUCUCCCAGAUCUCCAGUCACCCUUCUGUUACUGGGGAGCGUUAACUUGACUUUUUUUAUUCUGUCAUCGUCUCCUCCUCAACAGACUUGUUUCCCCUCUCUCUGUUCUUUGUUGCUGUUGUAGUUAUGUCAGUAAUUGUUCUCUAGUGCUCAGCUGCCGUUUUCUAGAUAUAAUUAUGAAUAUCAACUUUUUAAAAAUACAGACGUGUCAUUUACAAUGAAUAUUUCAAUCCUUUUUCUUAGUUCUCUUAGCUUCAUAGGUCCCUUGACUGUACAAGUUACUUUUCAAGCCCGUACGUCUAAGCCUGGCACACAGCUAGUAUGUAGAACUCACAGGGGCAUUGUGAGUUUGGUUGGGGGAAAUGAACAAUCCAUAUUCCGCUAGAUGUAUAUUUUGAGAUUUUCUUUAUUCUCUUAACUGUGUUUUUUACACUUGAGAAUGUUGGGGUGGGGAUGAAAGGCCGAGGAUAGGCUUUUUCUUUUCUUUUCCACAGCUGCCACACACUGGGUCACCAUCUUCAUCACGGUUUCCUUCCUGGUCAGUUAUCCUGUGUGAGUGUCUGGAGGCGGUUGGAGGUUGGAUGGUGGCUAACAGAUUGAGGCUGAAUCCUGACAAGACAGAAGUAUUGUUUGUGGGGGACAGGAGGCGGGAAGGUGUGGGGGACUCCCUGGUCCUGAAUGGGGUAACUGUGCCCCUGAAGGACCAGGGCGCAGCCUGGGAGUUAUUUUGGACUCAGAUGUCCAU